AUGAUCAAGUCUUUGGCCCUCUUCACCCUCAUCACCGCCGCCUCGGCGCGAAAGUGCACAAACAUCACCGUUCCCGUGUCACUGACUUCUCAAAAUGCCGUUUUCACUAUUGAGGCGCCGUUGACGGGCAUUGACGUUACAAGCCUUGCUGUCAAUCUCGCACGACAGGGUGCGCCACCAUAUCCGGAACAGGUGCAGAAGGGUUUUACUACUGUCUCGGGUGACUAUGAACUGGCCGCUACAUACUGCGAACCCGAUGCCGGUCCUGGAAAGGAACUUCAGAUCAUGACGCACGGCAUUGGCUUUGAUAGAAGUUACUGGGACUUUCCUUACAACAACUACAACUACAGUUAUGUCGCACGAGCGGUCGAUGAGCAUGGCUACUCGACUCUUACCUGGGACCGUCUUGGAGUCGGUGCUUCUUCCAAGGGUGAUCCAUUGAACGAGAUCCAAGUCUUCCUCGAGAUUGCAGCUCUCAAGGCCCUCACUACCAAAGCGCGUGAAGGAUCUCUUGGGGUAGGAUGCAAGCAUUCCAAAGUUGUUCACUUGGGACAUUCGUUUGGUUCGGUGAUUACAUAUGCGCUUGCGAAUGAGAGUCCUGAACUCACUGAUGCUAUUGUCUUGACGGGCUUCUCACAGGCCACUGCUUAUUUGUCGCUAUUCGCAGUUGGAAGCAACUUUGUUCCUAUUACUGCUACACCUCUGGCCGAUAAAUACCCCGCUGGGUAUGUCGGAGUGUCGUCUACAGUGGGCAUUCAGAUCAACUUCUUUGCAGAGGGCGACUUUGACCCCAAGAUGCUGGAAGUGGCGUAUGAGAAGGGCCAGCCUGUUUCGCCUGGUGAACUUCUUACUUUGGGAGCACCAGCGGGAAAGAAUAACACAUACACUGGCCCAGUCCAGAUCGUGACUGGCUCACGCGAUGUUCCUUUCUGCGGCGAUAACUGCUACUCUACUAUCAGCGUAGACGAGAAGCUGCCCUCGUUGCUCGACAUCUCGAGGAAGUUCUUUACACAAGCUUCUCGAUUCAACACAACUGUUGUGCCGGGUGCAGGUCAUGGACUGAACUUUGGAUACUCACACACUGUCACAUACGAUUCUAUUCUCGAGUUUCUUUCAGAGUUGGCUUGA